AUUGAGUACUACAAGUAAUAAGUGUAGGUAAUAGGUAUAGUGUUGAACGUUGUAAAGGAAUUACCAAAAUAAUAAAAUUAUUAAAAUGUAAUCUAUUCUGUGCACAGAUUAUGGAGAAGUCAUGAUAUAAUUAAUUGUUAUUAAUUUAAUCGUGGGAGAAGUAAUAAUGAUAAGUAAUAAUUAGUCGCUAAGAAGUAAAUAAUAUAUUUCCCAACUUUAAACUUUGUUUUUCGACUUUUUUGAUUCUUAAUCCUAGUCCGUGAAAACGUAGCAUAAAAAUAAUCCGUUAGCAUUAGCUUAUGCACUUACAGAUAUUACAAGUGUAUUUUUCUGAUAUGGCGUUGUGCGUAGCGGUAGUUAGCAAAGAGAAUGCGCCAAAAUAUGUAACUUCAUUAAACCCAGAAGACGAACUACAAAUUCAAUAUGAAAUACAUUCAUCAAUUGACUUUGUGGAAGAAAAAUUGAAAACUGGUAAAAAGGACAUGCGAGAUCUGUAUUUAGGACUAUUGUACUCUACAGAAGAUCAUAAAAUAUAUGGAUAUGUAACAAAUACUAAAGUAAAAUUUUUUGUUGUGAUAGAUUCUAGCAACUUGUUACUAAGAGAUAAUGAAAUACGUUUUAUGUUCCGAAAAUUGCAUACAGCUUAUACCGAUUUAAUGUGUAAUCCGUUUUAUAUUCCUGGAGAUUAUAUUACAUCCGAGAAUUUCAACAAAGUUGCCAGAGGUAUUUUAACUGGAAAUUCAUAAGUAGAUAAUUAAUAUAAUAAUUAUAUAAUGAAAAUUUUAAGUUGGAGAAAAUAAAUGAUUACAAUUUAUA